GGGAGACAAGACUGACAAGCAAGCAGCGAGGAAAGACACGGGCCUUGCUUGGCGGGCUCCCAGCUGGUCCCAUGCGGGGUCGCCGCGGUGCUGCAUACAAUGUUCCAUGUGGCGGCGUUGCAGCUCGGCCGGUAACCACCAUCUGACUAUCUUCAACAGUCGUCAACGGCCGCUCCACCGCCAUGAGGGGCCGGCCGGCCGUCCCCGUUCGUCAGCCUCACCCCCCCCCCGGUGCUGGGCCUGGGUGCUGCUGGUGCUGCGCUGGCGCCCUCAUGUCUGCGUGCGCAGCAGCACUGCAUUAGAUUGGACCCGAACCCAGAACACGACGUGGGCUAAGCCGCGCCUUGUCUGGGUCAAGUUCACGGUUUCCCGUGACGGCGCUCGCGGCCACGGCUCCCAGUAUCACAUAUCACCCCUGACCAUUGGCCAAGAACCCGAAAACAGAACGCUUGCUGCCCUUGGAUUGGGCUGCACCAUCCCUGCCAUGGGACCGGACAAAGGGGCCGACCCGGGACCUGUUUGGACGUACUCGCGGCGCCAUCAGUCCACGGGCACAUGUACACACGAAUGGAGUGGCGGCCGUCGAUGACUUGUCAGCGCGUGGCCGGAGUAGCGUCACCGCUACCGCCGCUACGGCCCUGGGUCGCGAGCUAGUGGAUCGGCAGGCAGGGGCGUCUUGGAAAGACGAUGUUUGGCCUCGAAAUGGCGGACAGAUCGGGGCGGGCGAGCAGCAGCAGCAGCAGCAGCAGCAGCAGCGUCGGCGGCGGCGGCGGCGCGCCGACAUGGCCGGCCUCCCUGGACCUGGCGUUGUUUUCUCGCCUCUUUAAACCUGCGAGACAUCUAUCUUGCCGUCCUGAUAUUGCCUCAAACAGACUGCCUUGCAUAAUGGGCCACAAAGUGAGCGCCAGCUCUCCUGACUCGCCGACGAUAGCCAUCAUCGGGGCGGGACUGACGGGCCUCCUUGCGGCGCAUGGUCUGUACAAGAAUGGUUUCAACGCCGUCGUCUUCGACAGAGAUCCUGGGCCUGAUGCGCGAGAGCGGGACUGGACGAUGCUCAUGCAUUGGGCCCUGCCGAUGCUCGAGGAGCUGCUUCCGGAAGACAUCGUGGGCGACCUGCCACAAGCUUUCUGCAACCCGCAUCUGGAGUUCAACGAGGAAGUGGAGAGCCUUCCAUGCUACAACGCGCUCACGGGGGACAUGCUGUUCCGGAGCCCGACGCCCGGAGCUCGGCGAGUAAGCCGGCAGGCGCUCCGGCGGUUGUUCACGCGCGGCGUAGACAUCCGCUGGAACAAGGCGCUAUCGCGGCUGAGCAAGACGGAAGACGGCAUGGGCGUGAUAUUGGAAUUUGAGGACGGCCACAGGUUUGAAGCGGAGCGGGUGCUUGGCGCGGACGGGGUGUCGUCCAAGACCCGGGCACUGUUGGCCGGCGCGGAGCGGGCGCGGCCGCAGCGGUCCGGGUUCCUGUUCGCGACGGGUAUCACGCGAUACGGGGACGCGGAAAAGACAGAGGCCAUCUUGCAAACGCAUCCCGUGGCGGCUUUGGUGAUGGGCACAAGCUCGGUUGGGGCAGUGGGCACGAUGGCGGUCGAUGACCCGCAAGAUAAGUCGACUUGGACGACGUUCUGGGUUAAGAUCUGGCGCGGCAAGCCGGUGCAUCUGCGGGACCAGGAGGCGCUCGACUACAUCGGCCGGGAGACCAGGGCCCUGUCGGGGGUGUUCCAGUCAGCCAUUGACUGGACGCCCGAGGGCAGCCGCGUCUUCAUCGACGAGAUGAAGUACUGGGUGCCGGUUUCGUGGGACAACCUGGGCGGGCGGGCGACGCUGGCGGGGGACGCGGCGCACCCGAUGCUGAUAUGUGAGUUUUCCUGCACCCGACCCGGGGGCCGGGCCCGAUGAUGCAUGGAGCAUCCCCGUAUGUAUGUGAUGGGGAAGCAAAACGGCUGACGACGGGCGGGCUGGCAUGGGGGCGGCCCGGAGCAGACCGCGGCCAAGGACUCCAGCAUUGCAUCACCGACGUGCGCAACUAUGUGGACAGCCUGGUGCAGGUUCGCGGCGGCGGGGCCAAGGCGGCCAAGGCGAUGCAGGACUUUGACGACGAGGUGGUUGCGCGCGGGGCCAAGGCGGUGCGGCAGUCGCUGCAGGAGGCGGAGAAGUCGUUCGACCUGGAGACGAUUCGUAAGAUGCUCAUGGUGACACAAGGACACGGGCGAAGCGCCUGAGUGGGUUGGGGCGAGGGGAGGGAGGGCUGGGCCGCGCGGGUCCAGCUCGCUCGCUCGCUCGCUCGGGUUGUUCCUCGCGACGUGAGGCGAGACGAGGCCAGGGCAGGGCAGGUCAAGCCAGGCCAGGCGAGGUGAGGCGAACCGAGGUACGAUGAUGCGAUGUGAUGUGGGAUGGAUGGCACGGCGUCGGUUGCGUUUGAGUGAGCAUGUCUUGCUUUAGCACAGGACCAUCCAGUUGUUGGCGAGCUUCCACCAUGGAUGGAAUGGAA